UAAAGGCUUUCUUGGUGCGUAUGCAUAUUCUUAUUCACAAGCUUCAACUUUGAUGCUCAUAUGUUCAAUCAGAAACGAAAAAGCUUUGUUGAUGAUCUCUAAUGGGGUCGUCACCGGUCAGCCAGCCUUGUGCCCGGCACCGAAAUACAUCUCCUUAAAGGUUGAAUGGCGUAAUCAGAUGAAGUGCAGUGGAUCUAGGAUGGAGCUUACUCUAACACAGCCUGACGAUUGGCAUCUUCAUCUUCGUGAUGGCGACCUUCUUCAAGCUGUUGUUCCUCACAGUGCAACUCAUUUUGGGAGGGCAAUCGUUAUGCCAAACCUGAAAUCUCCAAUCACCACCACGGUUGCUGCUUUGAAUUAUCGAGAAUUGAUCUUGAAGGCUUUACCCUCCAACAGUUACUUCAAUCCUCUUAUGACUCUUUAUUUGACAGAUACAACUAGUCCGGAUGAAAUCAAACUUGCCAGAAAAAGUGGGGCAAUUUUUGCGGUCAAGUUGUACCCCUUUGGUGCUACAACAAAUUCUCAAAAUGGUGUUACGGAUCUUUUUGGGAAAUGUCUUCCUGUUCUUGUGGAGAUGGUUCAACAGAAUAUGCCUUUACUGGUUCAUGGGGAAGUUACUGAUCCUAAAGUAGAUGUUUUUGAUCGUGAGAAGGUCUUCAUUGAUACUGUGUUACAACCUUUGAUUGAAAGGUUUCCUCUGCUCAAGGUUGUAAUGGAGCAUAUCACUACUAUGGAUGCUGUUAGGUUUGUUGAAUCUUGCAAAGAAGGUUUUGUUGCAGCAACUGUCACUCCACAACAUCUUCUUCUCAACAGAAAUGCUCUCUUCCAAGGAGGACUACAACCACAUAAUUACUGCCUCCCAGUACUCAAAAGAGAGGUCCACAGACAGGCUAUUGUUUCCGCUGUGACUAGUGGAAGUAAAAGAUUUUUCCUUGGAACUGAUAGUGCUCCUCACACAAGACAGAGAAAAGAAUGUCCUUGUGGAUGUGCAGGAAUUUACAAUGCUCCUGUUGCCCUGUCUCUUUAUGCUAAAAUUUUUGAAGAGGCUGGUGCGCUUGACAAGCUAGAGGCAUUUACCAGCUUUAACGGACCAGACUUCUAUGGCCUACCAAGAAAUACAUCAAAGAUUAAAUUAAUCAAAGCUCCAUGGAGGGUACCAGAGUCUUUCUCAUUUCAAUUUGGGGAUAUCAUUCCGAUGUUUGCUGGGGAAACGCUUGAAUGGCAGCCAUCUUUCAUUUGAUUCAACUUUCAAACCAACAGGCAAUACUUCUCUUAUUCAUCAAAUUAUGUAGAUAAAUAGAAUAGUGUUGUAACAUUUUAUGCAAUACUCUGCACAAAAUAAUUGGAAGCUUCAUAAAAAAAUAUUCUAAUUCGUUAUCUUCCUCUUGAAUUAUAGAAGAUUAUGUAAUCCUAUGGUUGCUGAAAUGCUUUCUAAGAUUUCUUUGAUAUGGUGCAUCAAA